GAAGACAAAAUCGACUGGACGCGAUCCUUCCACGGCCUCAGCGCGACCCCCUUCCCCAAAGAAUGCGCCGAUAUCCUCCUCGCACCCACAGACCCCAACGAAGUGGAAAUCAAACCCGAUGGAAUCCUCUACCUACCUGAAAUCAAGUACCGACGGAUUCUCAAUAAGGCGUUUGGGCCUGGUGGGUGGGGACUUGUUCCUCGGGGAGAGAGUAUUGUGACGCCGAAGAUGGUGACGAGGGAGUAUGCGCUUGUUUGUGUGGGACGGCUUGUUUCCGUUGCUCGGGGCGAACAGGAUUACUUCUCGCCCGAUGGUAUUCCAACAGCUACGGAGGGAUGUCGGUCGAAUGCGUUGGUUCGGUGCUGUAAGGAUUUGGGGAUUGCGAGUGAGCUCUGGGAUCCGAGGUGGAUUCGGAAGUAUAAGGCGCAGUAUACGAGGGAGGUGUUUGUGGAGCAUGUGGUUAAUAAAAGGAAGACGAAGAUUUGGGUGAGGAAGGAUGAUCAGGUUGGGUAUCCGUGGAAAGAGACGAAGUGA